AUGAUGGUAUUUGCCUGCAAAUUGCGAUUGAAUGAGACCACGGCGUGCAUUACCACGACGCAUAAGUAUAUGUGGGAGGAGGUCCACAGGGAGCCAAGCCAAGAAGCGCAAAGCACCGCAUUCUCGAUUGCUUCUCGACGGGCAUGGCUAUGCAUUGUGCAGUACAAGAAAGCAACUAUUUUGCGAAUACAUGAGUACAAGACUGCCAAGCGCAGAGUAGUCCGGAAUAUUCAACUCAAUGACGGCAUAGAAUGGGCGAACUGGAGGAGCAACCGAGCAGAAUCGUUCAUGGGCGCGCGGACCUCACGAUUAGUCGACAGCGAUAUGAUGUAUCUUGGGCAGGCUGUAGAUGCAAAGGGAAUACAGGUGACGGAUCGAGGAGAGGAAGACACAGACGGGCCAGAAACCGACCGUAGCGGUAGCAGAUGGGACGAAUACGUAUAG